AUGACGGGUCGUAACAGCGGGGUAGCCACUCGCAUCAGAGAGGUGGCACCUGAGAUGCGCUGGACUCACUGCAGUAUCCACCGUGAGGCACUGGCAGUGAAGAAGAUGCCUGAUGACCUGAAGUCUGUGCUGGACUCUGCUGUAAAAACUGUGAACUUCAUAAAGUCCAGACCGAUGAAUGCUCGCUUAUUUCAUGUGCUCUGCGAGGAGAUGGGUAGUGAGCAUGUCCAACUCUUGCUUCAUACUGAAAAAGCAGCCAGUGUGUAA